GAUAAAUUUGAAUCACUUUUAUAUAUUAUUGGAGCAUUUUUUUUGUUAUAAGUGAGCUAUAUAUUUAUGUUUGCAUCAGUUGUUUACAACUCCAUUUGUACUUAUCUUCAAGCUUCAGAACAUCUCAAAAGAAAAAGUAAACGGACAGUCACAAAAAGUGAUAAUGUCUUACACUGUGAGGGUUGAGGAAGCAAGGCCGGCCACAGAGAAAAUGCCAUCAGCCGGGCCUGUUUAUCGGAGCAUUUAUGCCAAAGAUGGCUUGCUUGAGUUGCCUGAAGGAUUACACUCUCCCUGGGACUUCUUCAGUGAAUCUGUUAAGAGGAACCCAAAGUCUCCAUUGCUGGGUCAACGCCAAAUUACAGAUUCAAAGGCAGGUCAAUACGUGUGGCUCACGUAUCAGGAGGUCCACGAUGAAGCCGUUCGUAUGGCUUCUGCCAUGAGAAGCCGUGGUGUGAAUCCUGGAGACCGCUGUGGUAUAUACGGAACAAAUUGUUCGCAGUGGAUCAUAGCAAUGCAGGCCUGUUACAGCCAUGCCGUGACAUAUGUUCCCCUGUAUGACACAUUAGGUCCCAAUGCAGUUGAAUUUAUCAUUAACCAUGGUGAAGUGUCAAUAGCAUUUGUUCAAGAGAACAAAAUCCCUUCUAUUCUAUCAUGCCUGCCAAACUGUUCUUCAUACAUAAAGACAAUUGUAAGCUUUGCUAAUGUUACAAGUUUGCAAAAGAAAGAAGGUGAAAAACUGGGAGUUUCAUGCUUUUCAUGGGAGGAAUUCUCUCAAUUGGGAAAUCUUAGUGGUGAACUUCCUGAAAAACAAAGGACUGAUAUCUGCACAUUGAUGUAUACAAGUGGAACAACUGGAGAACCAAAAGGAGUUAUUCUUUCUAAUGAAGCCAUCAUGGCAGAAAUACUGUCUACAGACAAGAUGUUAGAGCUAACAGACAAAGUGUUCUCAGAAGAUGAUGUGUACUUUUCCUACCUUCCUUUGGCUCAUGUAUAUGAUCAAAUUGUGGAGAACUAUUGCAUCUACAAGGGCAGCGCAAUUGGCUAUUGGCGAGGAGAUAUCAGGUUUUUGAUGGAUGACCUCCAAGAACUGAAACCGACUAUAUUUUGUGGGGUUCCUAGAGUUUAUGAUCGUAUAUAUGCAGGUAUAUUCCAUAAAGUCUCAUCUGGAGGUACACUGAAGAAGAUGUUGUUCCAAUAUGCAUACAACUACAAGUUGGCAAAUAUGGAAAAGGGUCUUCCACACGACAAAGCGGCUCCCCUUAUGGACAAGAUUGUUUUUGACAAGAUAAAACAAGGAUUAGGAGGAAGAAUUCGGCUCAUGUUUUCCGGGGCUGCACCUUUGCCUCACCAUGUGGAGGAAUAUUUGAGGGUCACAAGCUGUGCUUCUGUAACACAAGGAUAUGGGCUUACUGAAAGCUGUGGUGGGUGUCUUACAUCCAUUGCCAACAUUUUCCCUAUGAUUGGAACUGUUGGAGUCCCCAUCACAACUAUUGAAGUAAGGCUUGAAUCAGUGCCAGAAAUGGGAUAUGAUGCCCUUUCUGACAAGCCUCGUGGCGAGAUUUGUUUGCGAGGAACAACCUUGUUUUCUGGCUACCACAAGAGAGAAGAUCUAACUAAAGAUGUCCUAGUUGAUGGUUGGUUUCACACAGGUGACAUUGGUGAAUGGCAACCAAAUGGAGCAAUGAAAAUAAUAGAUCGGAAGAAGAAUAUAUUUAAGCUGUCUCAAGGGGAAUAUGUUGCUGUUGAGAACAUUGAGGGCAUAUACUUACAAUGCCCACUCAUAGCAUCGAUUUGGGUCUAUGGGAACAGCUUUGAGUCAUUUCUUGUGGCUGUGGUUGUCCCUGAGAGACUUGCUCUGGAGAACUGGGCAACAACCCGUAAUUUGACUGAUGAUUUUAAAUCACUUUGUGAAAAUCCGAAGGCAAGUAAAUACAUUUUGGAUGAGCUCAACAAUAUUGCUCAGAAACACAAGCUUCGAGGUUUUGAGAUGUUAAAAGCAGUUUACUUGGAGCCAAAUCCAUUUGACAUGGAGAGAGAUCUUAUAACUCCAACUUUCAAAUUGAAGAGACCCCAAUUGCUUAAACAUUACAAGGACUGUAUUGAUAAAUUGUACAAUGAAGCAAAAGAGGCAAGGGUAUGACGAACGAGAGCAGUUGAACUUGGUCCAGUACGAGUUGUUGUGUUCUAGUAUGAAGCUUUGUUGAAUCAGUUUGUCCAAGGAGUGAUUUAGAAUAUAUUUUGUAUCUAUAUAAAUAAGGAUUACCUGAACAGUUGUGAUUACAGUAUUCAAUUUAAUGUUACUUUGUUAUACCUGACAAAACAUUAUGGAUAUAAUAAGAUGUGAAAAGUUUCCAUCACAAA